AUUCUGUACAUGUACAAUUGUGAAGGAUUAAUGGGAAAAUGCGAGAAGUUCAUGCUGGAUAAAUUUGAAGAAAUUACUGUUCUUGAUGAGUUCAAGGAAAUGAAGGAAAAGGAUUUUGUCAGAUUGAUCAAAUCACAUGAAAACAAGGCGCCAGAGAGUGUUAAGCUAAAGGCGUUGAUAUCUUGGAUAAAACAUGAGCAAAGGAAUCGCACGAAACUUCUGAAGAGAUUGAACAACUACAUUGAUUUGCAUAACGUACCAGUGACUUAUAGAAGAUUGCUUGUUGAAAACGAGCCUAUGGUAAAGUCAUGUUCUGAAUGCUAUCAAGCCCUCUGCAUCUCUGUGAUGGAUAGCUUAAAAGUUGGUACAUCAGAUGCUGAGAAUAUAAAACAAGAAGGAAGGGAAGCAAUUGCAGUGUUCGAUAAAAACUCAAUGAGUCUUCAAUGCUUUGACCCUCGGAAUAAUACUUUGACAAAAAUGCAGAACAUGCCUGGAUUAGUAGCUGGCUUUUCUGCUGUGCCUGUCGAUGACUACAUUUAUGUUCUCGUGCAUGAUCAAUCUGUUCAUCGGCUAAAAUAUCAAUAUCAAGCUAUUUGGGAGAGAAUGAAUGAUAUGAUGUAUGACCACGGGUUUUGUCCUCGCGUUGCUGUUUUGUCUGGAAACAUCUAUGUUGUUGGUGCUCUCAAUAGUUUCGCAAAAUCAGUUGAAAAGUUCGAUCCAUCAAGCAACAAAUGGGAAAAAGUAAAAAACAAAAAUCUCAACAACACUAAUUCAACAGCACUGGGUGCUCGAGGUUGUAUAUACAGCAUUGGUGGAGUAGUAUCACGUCGUUCGACCAACCGAGUAGAAAGAUUUGACCCAACAUCAUCAACUUGGUCAUUUGUUGCAUCCAUGAAUGAAGCAAAGGAAUUUGUCGCAGCUGUUGAAAAUGACGGGAAAAUAUAUGUCCUAGGUGGAAAGGCAAACGAUUACUUGUCAACAGUUGAACGAUAUGAUAUUUCAACAAACGUGUGGUCCACGGUAACUCCCAUGUUAAAUAAACGUGGCUGGCCCGGUGCUUUUGUUAUUGAUUCAAAUAUUUACGCAUUUGGAGGAAUUAACAGUUCACCGGGAAGCAUGGAGAAGUUUGAUUUCAAAAAGAAUCAAUGGGAGGUGAUUGACAUGAAGAACAUGCAACUGUGGAUACUCGAAGCAGUCAAGAUUAAAUUGAAGUGAUUUGACUGUAUAUGACAGAGAAUAGUUAGUUACCAUUAACAGACACUAGUAGUUGUUAAUAUAAUUGACAUAGGUGCUUGUGAAACCACUGAUUGAAUUUUGUAUAUUUGCUAUAAUGAGUUCCUGCAUUAAUUAAUUACUGUAAUUAAUUUAUAUAGUUUUCUUAAAUAUAAUUCACAUGUGACAUUGUCCAGCAUCAUCACCUCUUUGGACAUAGAUAUGUUUACAACUGAUGAGGACAAAAUUAAUUUUAAAUGGUUUGAUUGUAUUUAACACACAAAUUGUUUGUAUUAUUUAUACGAGAAGAAAGUUGGAGUAAAACUAGUAGGAGUAAAACUAGUAGGCUAAUAGAAUUCCCAUUCAUUUUUUGUGUUAUUGAAUAUUAUCUGGGUGUGAAAUAUUGUUCUAUGUGCUAAUUCUUCAAGCCAAUUCUUCAAUCAUACUUAUUCACCGGUCACAUAUAACUAAACUCUCUGAAUAAAUUGUAAUUUAUAGAUUAGUAGAUGCCCUCUUUGACCCAAUGUUCAUUAAUGUAUAUUAAUAUUUAUCUUUAACAUCACUGUAUAAUUUAUAUUAUAUAUGCAAUCAAUAUUCAUAUAAUGCUGCUGAGUUCAAUUCUUCAUUUAUCAUCCUUAAUUUGUUAAUAAAAAGUUUGAAAUCAAACGCGGUUUUUAGUUACUUUGAAAAUCAGCCACGUGAUGACUCUAUAUUUUAAUCACAUAGUUCAGUGCAUUCCGAAUGUUCAAGCCUUGGUUUGUGACAGAACUUUAUUAAAUAAACAAAUGAA